AUGCAAGAUUCCGAGAUUCCGAGUCAAGGGGAGCCAUGGGGUUGCUCCCUUCAGCUCUCGACUCGCGCGGGUGAUAUUGAUACCCCGUCUACUAAAUUUCACUCGCAGGCUGACGGGAGCGCCUCGUCGGGGCUCCAGUGUCUGCAAAGUUUUGAUGUUGGCUUUCUAAACCGUGCAGGGAACGAUUGUCUUGCAACGUUGAUUGACGGAUACGCUCGUUGGAUAAUAACCGUCAGCGAUCAGAAGCAUGUUGCGUUUUGCGCCACGAUACAAAGGUCCGAUGCAAUCGUCGAGUCUGUAAUUGUGGUGGCGCAAUUUGUGACUGGAUCCAACGAGCUUGUCUGGGAAGCACAUAAGUCGGCCGGUGUAGGAACGGAUAAGCUUGAAUUUGGAUUGUGCCUCGUCAAGGUCGCAGAAAUUGAGCAUAUUCUACCAGAAUCGGUACGAGUCGCGUUAUCGGUCGAUAUACAAGAGUCAGUCGCGACUCUCACCCACCGAAGAGUUUCGACAGAGGGCGCAGAGAUAUUGAGUAAAAGUCACCUGGAAUCUUUCCUGCGCAGCAGUGAUGCUCGAUCAUAUUGGCAAACGGAGUUGCGGGAAUUUGUCGGUUGCACAGAGAGACAAUUCCCAGCCAUUUCUUGCGACCGUUUGGUGGUGGCUGCAGGAAGUGAUGAAACUCUGAGUCAAAGCCUUACCUUUGAACUUUCAUUGGCACAGCUGGAAGCCCUAACACAACAAAAUUAUUUGACUUCUCCCCUUUCCGCGAUUCGCGCAGCCUUUGCGUGCAUUUUAGCUGAGUAUAUUGAAUCAGACAGAGUGAUUCUGGGAGAGCGGGCAUUGGAGACCUCGGUGCAUGAUGGCUUCGAAACUCUGGUACCAAUCGUGCUGUUGCCCGAUGAUACUGCCCAAUCAUUGUUGUCUCGGGUUGACGAGUUUGCUGCGAAAUCGGCUCAGAUGUCAAAGGUAUCUACGGAAGUUGCCCGUGAAAUUCUCGAAGCUCCUUCGGACAGUCCUAUCUACAACGCGCUCCUCAUCCAUCAUGUGGAAGAGACAUCAUUCGAGAGCUCAACACCCUCACCAACUGAGACCUCAGCUGCCACCUCUGAUGCUGCCAUCAAACUGCACCUCCAACUCCUGAAUCAAGCUGAUCUUGAGAUCACACUUUCAGUCAAAGCGACUUUGAUCGACUCGGCUCAUCUCAGCCUAGCACUACGCCAGAUUAGUGCUCUUACCACAAUCCUCCUUACUCAACCAACCGAGUCCAUCCAAAACCUAUCAGAAUACUUCCCCAAUGACCUGUUGGCGGUACACACCCCCAACGUCAGUGAGCAGCUUAGAAACGCACCACUCCUUUCUCCCGCACACUGGGUUGAUCACUGGGCAGCGAGCAACCCCGACUGGAAUGCCGUGGAGAUUGUAAGCGAUAUCAGCGAAGAUGGGAUCCAAUCUCAGACCUGGACCUACGAGGAGCUCUCUCAAACAUCGAACCAAAUCUGCGAUUGGAUUAAAGCUCACGGGUGGCAGAAUCGGUCGAUCGCAGUGUGUCUCGGCCGCUCUUUCAUGGCAUACGCGCUUGUUCUUGCGAUUUGGAAAAGUGGCAAUUGCUACGUCCCUGUCGCUGAAGAUCUUCCCGAGGCUCGACAAAUAUUCCUACUUGCAGACAGUGGCGCAAUUGCGUUUUUCGCUGAUAAAAAUGUCGCUGAAACGAUCGUUUCCCCCGACGAUUGUGCAGUGAUUGAUAUCGACGACCCCUCGCUCCUCAAAGCUCCCACGGCAAUUGAAAGUUCAAGUCCAUUCAUUCCAAACCCAACCGAUGAUUGUUAUCUGCUAUAUACCUCUGGGUCCACCGGAACGCCAAAGGGCGUCCUCGUCAGUCGCGGUAACCUCUCCGCUUUCACCGAGGCGCAGUCAGAAUAUGUUUGCCGAGAUGUGCCUGACACUACUAUUUUGAAGGGCACAGGAAGUUAUCUGGCACAUGCUAGUCGGGCCUUCGAUGUACACAUUUGUGAGAUGGUUUUGGGUUGGCGACAUGGCCUUCGUCUUGUCACAGGUCCCCGAACAAUGCUUCUAGACAAUCUUUUCGUGGUCUUGAGUAAACUGAGAAUCACUCAUGCUGGAUUUGUGCCUUCCCUUCUCGAGCACGCUGGUGUGUCUGCGGAGCUAUUGCCUGACCUGCGUUAUCUUGGAGUUGGAGGAGAGAAAAUCUCUGAGACAAUCAUUGAGCGCUUUGUCGGCAAGCCUUCUAUCGCACUGGUUAACGCAUACGGUCCGACCGAGGUGACUAUCGGCAUGACAAGUCACACUGUCAAGCCCUGGUCCACUGUGCGCAAUAUUGGUACCGCCGUUGGCAACAUCACAAUUCAUGUUUUAGAGGACGAUACUAUGAAGUAUGUGAAAAGAGGCCAGGCAGGUGAACUUUGUGUGACUGGUGACUUGGUCGCCAACGGGUAUCAUCGCAGGCCAGAUGCAGGAGGGUUCGUUGACUUCCACGGACAACGAAUGUAUCGGACUGGAGAUAUUGUGCGCUUGAUGGCAAAUAACUGCGUCGAGUACCUAGGUCGGCGGGACAGCCAGGCCAAGAUUCGUGGUCAGCGACUCGAGCUUGAAGAAGUUUCAGUCGCGGUCCGCCGCUGCGCAACCUUCCCCGUCAAUGUCACUUCGAUAGUGACCCCUUCCCCGAUCACAAAACGACCCCAGCUUGUCUCUUUCGUCACUCCCUCGACCAAAAAGCCGGAUGGUACCCCAAAAAAGCCCACCUUCCUAAAAGAUGAAUACCAGGAGUGGGCACCGGCGAUCCUUGCCCGCUGCAGUGCUGAACUUCCAGCAUACAUGGUUCCAAGUGUACUGCUCACAAUUAACUCAAUUCCCAUUCAGAUCUCUGGCAAAGCAGAUACUCGCCGGCUGGUCGCGUUGUAUGAAAGCAUCCCCGUGUCAGAUCUCCUACUCAAGCCUAGCGCAAUGGCUGCCGAGGUCUCAGAACCAGAUUCCGAGUCAUCUCAAACACCCUUGACAAAAGACGAGGAGCUCAUUCGUGAGAUCAUCUGUACUCAAUUGCGGGUGGAGGAUCACGAAUCGAUCAAAAAGUCGACGAACAUCUUCCAAUUGGGAAUGGACAGUCUUGCUUCUCUCGCCGUCGCGGCAAACAUGCGCAAGGCGGGCUAUGUGUGUGCAGCAGCCGACGUUCUUUCCAACGCUACAGUCACCCAGCUUGCAUGCUUACCAAGAACAAACGGAACCUCGGCGCAAGGCUCAUCAACUGAAAUGCUGUCAAGUCAGGCAGAUGAAGCUUCCCAGAAGUUGGUGCAGAUUGACCAAAGCUUCCGCACUUCACAGAACAAUUACGCCUGUUCGAACAUAUCUGCAGUCUGGCCAUGUCUGCCUCUCCAAGAGAGUCUGGUCUCCAGCUCAGUAGGAAACUCAACGCCCUUGUAUGUCAAUCACAUCAUGUGUCGUCUUGGGGCUGGAAUCAAUAUUUCGGCGCUUCGAGAGGCCUUUGAGGAUCUGAUGCACGAAAAUGAGAUCCUACGUACUUGUUUCCACGUCACGGAGGACAAGGUUUUGCAAGUGGUUCUGAAGCCUCGGGCCACCAAGCUUCCCUGGAUUCAGCUCCCUGUGUCUGAGGAAGCCAACGCCUGCAACCUUUUCAAAAGCCUGCAGGCAGGAAUCGCAUCCCGGAUUGUCGGCGGAAUUGAGAGCUCACCCCCGUUCCACCUUCUCGCUGGCGAAAGCACAAAUGGAGAGCCAGGCUGGUUGAUGCUGUCCAUUCAUCAUUCCAUCUUUGACGGUGCUAGUAUGGACAUAUUCCUCGGUCGCCUACACCGACACUACACUGGAAACGGAGCUCUGCGUCCGACUGAUCUCACACCACUUUAUCGUCACUUCUUGAGCGACAACGAGGCAAAGAACAGUCAUUUCUGGACCGGCUACCUUACUGGUUGCACGCCAAGUAUCAUCGCCCACGACUCUGGUGAUGACGUCUACCAGAUUCUGGUGAAGAGAUUGCCAUUCUCGUUGUCUGCGCUUUCCAGAUUUGCGUCCAAAAACCGGACAACUGCGUCCAUGAUUUUGGAGACUGCCUGGGCUAUCACGUUAGCGAAGAACUUGGGCCAGAACGACGUUGUUUAUGGUAGGGUCAUGAACGGCAGAGGUAUUCCAGUCGAGAAUAUUGAAUCAAUGCUCAUCCCACUUGUCACUACUAUCCCAGCUCGUCUCCAGCUCUCUUCUGGUAGCUCGAAGUUACUUGACCAAGUCAAGGCACACACUGCGGCUAUCAUCGCAUCAAUUCCAUACCAACACACUCCACUCCGUGCUAUUCAGCGAUACGCUGGUGUGUCUGGGCCACUUUUCAAUGCCAUGUUCUCAUACCUCACGAUCGGCCCGCAGUCACCUGCGGACGAGAUAUUGUUCGAAAUGGAAAGCUCGAUGCAAGUGGAUUAUCCGUUGGCUUUGGAAGUCAGAGCCGAGUCAGAUCCCGAUGCGGUCACACUCCGAUUGCGAGUUGCUGAUGAUCCUUCAUUGAAUGAGAAAUUCAGUGGAUUUGUCGACAAUGUUUCUGCCCUCGUCGAAGAUUUGAUAUCGGAUGGAGAUGUCGUUGUUGAUGCCCCAACAGUUUCUCAACGGGUAGAGACGCGGCAGCCUACAUGGGACGAAACGCAGUGGGCCGAAGAUGAGACAACGCUGCGUCAAGCUGUGUCGGAGAUCACAGGUAUUCCUGAAUUUGACAUCUCAAAAAAGGUCUCAUUCUUUGCUCUGGGAAUCGAUUCCGUGGUGUCACUUCAUCUAAGUCGACGCUUGCAGGGGAAGGGUCUCAGCGUUUCCUCGAGUGAUAUUUUGAGAUACUCAUCUAUUGGUGCUCUCAAGAACCGUUUGAACAAGCUCAGCGCCAAGUCAAAACCAAUUGCUGUCGUGGGGAGAAGCGUCGCCUCGUCGCCUAGUGUUGACCUUUUCAGCAAAGAUGAUUCGGUUGUGGAAACAUAUCCCUGCACACCUCUGCAAACGGCGAUGAUUGGCCAAUGUCUCAGCUCCGAAGGAAAGGGGUAUGUACAUCACCACUCGGUCUUACUCGAUGCCUCAAUCGAUCUCCAAAAGCUGGUCAAGGCCUGGGAACCUGUGACCGAGCGGGUUGAUAUCCUUCGCACAUCCUUCCACAGACAAGACGGAAGCCGUGAGAUCCAUGCUGCGGUUCAUCAGUCCCCGAUUGUCAAUUGCGCGCAUGAAGAGGUCGAGUCGUUCCCUGCGGCGAUUGAGAAAAUCUCCAAGCAGACUGCCUACCCGACCAUCGGAGAAUUCGGAAGGCCCCCUUGGCAUAUUACCUUCCUGACCGAGGGGGUCAGUCGAUUGAUGGUUGUGACCAUGCAUCACUGUCUGUAUGAUGGUUUCUCCCUGCCCGUGCUUUUCGAUGCUGUUGAGAAACAAUAUCACGGCAUUGAAGUCAGUGUUCGUCCAUUCGCUCCAGUGGCACGCAACAUUGUCUCUACUCAGGGACCGUCUGCCAAUUUCUGGGUCAAUUCAGUGUCGGAGUACCGAUGCCCACAAGAGCCACUGCAGUCCUCACCUACACAAGAGAGCACAGUACACUGGGCAGAAACAACCAUUCAAACUCCCGUAGCUGCCCUACAGCGCCAGUGUGGCUUGCUCAAUGUUACUCUGCAGACAGUGGCACUCCUUGCCUAUGGCCGAUCGUUGGCAUUGCAUCUGGGGCAGCGAGAUGUGGUAUUUGGCCAUGUGGUAUCUGGGAGAGGAUUUGACCUUGACGAGACUGCAUCAGUCAUCGGUCCUUUGUUCAAUACAGUGCCUUUCCGGUUGAAGCUUGAUUCCCUUUCGCAGAGCGUGCGAUCAACCUUGCAAAACAUUCAAAACUUCUGCAUUGAUUCCCAGCCCCAUCACCAUGCACCACUGGCUCGCAUUCAGAAGGAAUGGCGUCUCGCAACAGAAGGAAGUGGAUCUUCGUUGUUCAAUUCGAUCUUCUCUUUCAACAAAUCGUACGCUUCGGACGGCGACUCGAUCUUCGAGCCGUAUCGCCGGGCUGAAAACCCGGAUGUUCCACACUAUCCUCUGAAUGUGGAGUUUGACCAGACACAAGACGCCCUUGUCAUUCGAGCAACCUGCCAUGAUCAACUGACCAAAGCAGAGCUGGAUGACUUAGUACUGGGUGUUGCUCGGGAUAUUGAAGCUAUCGUUUCAAGCGGCGAUGAACCGGUUCUCAGCUUCCCUACCGGCCUAAGCGAUCUUCCUUUAGUACCGGCGGCCCACCGCAAUCCAGCCGAGAAGACAGGAGAUGCUGUUGACCAAGACGUGACUACUCUCAGAAAGAUCUUCUCGGACAUCACCGGAAUCUCAAUCAAAGAUAUCCAUGGUUCCAGUGGAGUGUUUGCCCUCGGGGUUGAUUCCAUCCUAGCUCUGGAUAUGAGUGCCCGUUGCCGCGACGCUAAGUUGAAGGUCUCAGUGACUGAUAUUCUUCAAGGAGGCACAAUCCAGGGCAUUGCUGCGCUCGCUGCCAGCAAAGCUGCAGCAAGCGCGAACUCUCAAAAGAAGACAAAGCAGGAGACAUCGGUCGUCAAAUCGGAAUCCAAGACCCACGCACUGGAAUUACUUGGCCUUGCAGAGGAUGAAGUCGAAGACACUUUGCCUUGUCUCAGUGGUCAGCUAUUUUACCUAUCUUCAUGGAUGCAAUCCAAGCGCAAACUGUGGGAAUUCUCGUUUGUGCUGAGCAGUCGCACCAAGCUUGAUCUAGACCGACUGCAGACGGCAUGGACCCAGCUGCAAAACAGACAUACCAUUCUCCGCACAUCAUUUGCAGCAAUUUCUCCCGAGGAGAUCUUGCAGGUGGUCCGAAAAACCAAUGAUAUCAACCAAGUUGUCCAAGUCGACAGUGGGCAAUCGACCGAGGAUCUCACUAGCAUCGUCCAAGGUCUCCUCAACAAGGUUGCCGAUGAAUCCUCUAAUCUCUUCACACCUCCCGUCCGACUACACUUGGUUCAGCACUCUGAGUCCGAUGCUAUUUUGUUGACGCUCCAUCAUGCUCUGUACGAUGCUCGUUCGAUUCCGAUUCUUCUCAAUGAAUUGGAAGAAUUGUAUCACGGCAACACUCUGGAGCCGACAUGCAGCUUCUCGUCUUUCGUGCUUGACACUGUUCAAGAGUCGAAUUCUCCCUCCAGUCUGAAAUUCUGGGAAGACUCCCUGAAGCUCGGUCAGCAAACCCUUAUGGGAACGACCUCUGAGAAUAACGGUGAUCUCAAAGUUGAAUCCUUAGGGCGCACCUUCCACCAGGGACUGGAUGAAAUCCAAGCCCAAUGCCACAGCAUUGAUGUUUCCGUUCCAUCCCUGAUUCUACUCUCAGUGGGACGUACUCUAGCGCAAACCGCAGGCGUUGCGCAUCCCACAUUCGGUCUUUUCCAAUCCGGACGCUCAGGCGAAUAUCCCGAGAUCCAAAACAUGGCAGGCCCGACCGUCAAUCUCCUGCCAGUGGUGGUUCCCAACGCGUUGAAAUCCUCAACGGUUGCUGGGUUACUCACCAUGCAACAAGAUUUGGUUCAACGCGUCAGCCACGAGCAAACCGAUCUUGGAAAUAUCCGUCGGAAGAUGCGUGAGAUUGGGAACGAGCUGCAGUUCAACGUUAUUGUUAAUGUUGUUUGGGGUCCGCUUAAUGCCAGUGGAGUCAAGGAAAACACGUCCAUUUUUACCCCUUUCUCGGCGGGGUCUCUUACCCAGCCCGAAAUUGAACCCCCGACCGGCGCCACUUCUAUUGACAAGUUUGACUGGACCUCACUAGUUGGUGAGAAUACUGUCUAUUUGGAAGUCAGCCCCGAUGAGGAGAACAAUGGGAUCCGAUGGAAAAUGGACUACAAACCAGCUUCAAUCACGACUGAUCAGGCUCAAAUGUUCUUGGACACACUUGGGAAAGAGCUGGAUACAAUCAGCGAGGCGAUUUAA